AUGUUUGAACGAAUGAAGAAGAAUCAACCAGUAUCUAUUAUGAAGAAGCUCCGAUCGAAAAUUCCUCGUAGAAAACGCUUCCAGAUCUCUCCGAUUCUCAGUAACUCGUUGUACGGACAAGUCAGCAAACAGCCUGACGAUGACUUAUCAUCAGUUUUUCCACCUGUCGUUUCAAGUCCUUCAUGGAUAUCUGAUGAGAUCUCUUGUACAUCAAACUUGUUUUCAUCUGUUGGAUCUGAAAAGUUAAAAUCGACUCGGAAGAAGAAACAAGUCGUGAUUUCGGAAACUACUAGUAAUCAUCAUAAUAGUCUUCAUGAACAGAAAGAAAUUCAAAGAACAGCGAAGGAGAAGGUAGUAAGUGAACUAGUAUCAGAAUCUAAUUCUGGUGUAGACUUCUGCGGUGGUAAAGUGGAUGAAAAUGAAGGAGGAGACACUGUUUCUGAAGCAAUUUCAUUCUCCGAAACUUCUUGUAUUCCACCGGCACAGUCUCAACGAAAAUCGAGAAAAAACUACAGAUCGGAGGAUUAUUCAGGUAAUGAUUCUGCUAAGAAAGCAAAAAUAUCUGUGGAAAUUCAAGGAGAUAACGUUUCGGAGAUUUCGUUUGUUAAAUCUUCUUCCGAAUUGAAAAAUCAAAAUCAAAUCGCCAGAGUAAAAGACGAUGAAAUCAGAGCGCCGGAGACGUCGACAUUUUCUGAAGUAUCGCGAGAUUAUUAUAAUGUUGAAGUGGAAAUCGCCAAUUCAGAAUCAACAGCGAAUCAAAAACCUAAUGACACUGAAUCUGACUGUAAAUCUCUUUCUGAAGAUUAUCCGUAUAGUGAUGAAGAAUCAGAUUACUCAAUGACGAUUUCCCAGCUAGAUUCUGAGAUUUUCCCUAGAAAUUCUGAUGUUGGAGUAGAAUUCUCAGAUUAUACUGAUGAAUCAUCUCUUUUUGAUUCUGAAUCUCAAACUGAUUUCUCUCAGCCUGGAAAUUCAAAUCCGUCUGCUUAUUUCUCGUAUUUUCGUCAAUACUCAAAGCAAUUCUCCAAAUUAGGCUCUGCUGUAUCUCAUUUUAAAGAAGUCCCCUCACAAAUCCAGCAAGAGGAUUCCGAUGAAUACACUUUUUUGAAAUUCGAAGAUGAAAAUCACGAAGACAGUUACAAGAAGCUCAGGAGUAGAGAGAGAAAUCAUGCGAUUCGUAACGACUACUCAGAAGACUACUACUCAACAACAGCAUACGGCGACCUUGUUCUUCAACAAAGACAUUCAAUGGUUAACUGGAUAAUCGAUGAGUCAGGUGUGAGGCUGCUCAACCUAGAGACAGUGUUCUUGGGGGUGAGCCUCUUGGAUAGAUUUUUGAGCCAAGGUUUCUUUCAAAACAAAAGGUAUCUACAAUUGCUUGGAAUUGCUUGCCUCACCUUAGCAACAAGAAUUGAAGAAAAUCAACCAUAUAACUGUGUAAUGCAAAAGACAUUUCGGAUUGGGAGCGAUGUGUUUAGCAGGUGUGAAGUUGUUGCCAUGGAGUGGUUAGUUCAAGAGGUCCUCAACUUCCAAUGUUUCUUGCCCACCACUUACAACUUCUUAUGGUUCUAUCUGAAAGCAGCAAGAGCGGAUCAGGAAACGGAGGAUAAAGCCAAGUAUCUCGCAGUGUUGUCUUUGACGGACCCUGAGCUGCUGUGCUACUGGCCAUCAACUGUUGCUGCCGGUUUGGUCAUUCUUGCAGCUUUGGCAUCCAACCAGGAUUCCUCCUGCCAAUUCAUCAUGGAGACUCACCACAGAACCAAAAACGAUGAUCUACCAGAAUGCAUAAAAAGCCUAGACUGGUUGGUGCAGUAUGCGUGAUAAAUAGAAUGACCCAUCAUCAGACAGGCACUAGCAAUCCAUACAAGAUAUAGAAAAUACAUACGGCAAACAAACGCUCAUAACACCAUUACUUUUUCUUUUUUCCUUUCCUUUCUUGUAGUUGUUGGUUUGUGACCUUUGUUUCUUUAUACUGAUAGGAGAAAACCUCUACUAGGUUUCCCAUUUUAGGUUUAAAAGCUGAUGAUUUUCGUCACUAGUUUUGGGGUUUCAAUUUUGAUGAGGAAAAUAAUGUAUGUUGUGGUCACGAGAUCAUAACCAAAAAGCAGUCCCCGAUGCAAGGACCCUUGGGCCUUAACUAAGACAUACUGAAAUAGUGAAAUGUCUUGCUUAUUCUCA